AUGGCGGCGCACUUCGCGGUAGGCCCGCAGGAAGAUGACGCCAUUAUACGUCAGCGGCUGCUCACUAGAACCUCCGUCACUCGCGGCGAGCCGCCGAUGAAAAAGCUCCUAAAGAAGUUCCUCGCUUUCACGUCAGAAGCGGCGCGGCUCGACAGCAGCAUAGGUGACUGCGAGAGACUAGCGCGCUCCGUGCUGCACGAAUUGGCGGGAUUCGAGCAGCCUCUUAACAUGUCUCGCGCCGUGAUCAACGCUAACCGCAGGGAGCAGGAGCACUUUCACGAGCUGACGAAACAGCUGGAAGCGGAUAUUAUCGAGGCGGUGGCGCGGGUGGAUAGUCUGAUGGCGGAGGAGGCGGAGGCGCGGCGGCAGCGGCAGCACGAGGAGGAGUGCGAGCUGGUGCGGCGGCAGAUCGCGGCGCAGCCCGCGCGCGCGGUGUCGGAGGCGCGGAUCGCGGCGCUGGAGGCGGAGGUGGAGGCGCUAGAGGCGGAGAACGUGGGCGCGGGGCGGGUGGUGGAGCUGCGGCGGAAGCAGUUCGCGCUGCUGCUGCACACGAUGGAGGAGUUACAAGGAGCAUUGGAGGAGGACCCUUCAAGAGAGCUCGCAGCAGUGGUGGCGGCAGGAGGGGGAGGAGGAGGAGGGGGAGGGGUGCUGGUGGGUGCUGGUAGGCCGUCUGCGGCAGCAGGGGGUGGAGGGGACAGGGCAGCAACCCCGCCAGCACCCACUCAAGUAGAUGCCUCGGUUGGUGGUGCUACUCGGCUGUUUGCUGCACCAGGGGGUGGGGAGGGAGGGAAGAGCAGCACAGCAACCCCGCCACCACCCACUCGAGUAGAUGCCUCGGGCCUGGAUGCUGGAUACAGGUGGGGCAGCGUGUGCAAGAAACAGCUUGGGCCGUGGGUGCGGGGUGCGUGGGUGCGGGGUGCGUGGGUGCGGGGUGCGUGGGUGCGGGGUGCGUGGGUGCGGGGUGCGUGGGUGCGGGGUGCGUGGGUGCGGGGUGCGUGGGUGCGGGGUGCGUGGGUGCGGGGUGCGUGGGUGCGGGGUGCGUGGGUGCGUGAUACACGUGCCGUGGAGCAGCGAGCACCGGGCCAGCAGGAGGGAUUCAGCCAGUGA